AUGCAGAACGAGGAAGGACAGAUCACUGAGCUUUACAUCCCUAGGAAGUGCUCUGCUACGAACAGAUUGAUUACUGCAAAAGACCAUGCUUCGGUUCAGAUUAACAUUGGGCACGUGGAUGAGAAUGGUAUUUACAAUGGGCAAUUCUCCACCUUUGCCCUUUGUGGCUUCAUCCGUGCUCAGUGUGAACUGUGGCCUUUGUUAUGUGUUUGA